CUCAGCGCUGCUCCUCCACUUCAGUCCCCGUCAUUGGCAUACUUCUAUUGCUUCUCAUUCUCCCUUACCUCCUCACCUCGUCCUUCAGUUGAACUUUCCCUUCUGUCUCUUCUCUUGUCUCUAACUUAUUUCCACCUUAGCUUGCAGGCUCUGGUCUGUCAAGCUCCCUCCAUGUAAAAGUGCGGACCAGUCCCUCUUCCUGGCCGCACCCACCCCCAUGGUGCCCGCCCAUCUCUGACCAUUUGUCCGCCUAUUCCUUCAACGCUCCCUCUGUCGCUCACUCAAUCGCUCCAUCUAUCGCCCCUUCGCAUUCGUAUACCCUUUCCGUCUACCUUUUGGAUGGCAUGGCGGACUAUCACGACGCCGGUGGGCUAAUUCUCGACGGCCCCUUUGAUCCCGACGCCCAGGCCACCGUCACGGACUACAUUGACUACACCGAAUACCUCCCCGCUGACCUCAUUCGCUCCCUCACUCUCAUCCGCGGCCUCGACGAACGCUACUUGGAAGCUACACAGGGCGUCCAUGAUCUCACCAAGGCUUAUGGCCAGCUGCCCACCCUCCCCUCCGACGUGCGUCCCGACGCGCGUGCUCUGCGCAAAGAUAUCUCCGAACAACUUGAUCGCGCCAUCAACGCCCGUGAAUCGGCAUAUGCGGAGGCUUGCCGUCUAUACGAUGUCAUUGAUCGCCACUUCAAUCGGCUAGACAGCAUCAAGCAAAAGCUCGAAGCUCUCCCCAAGCCCGCGUCGCGCGAACCCACUCCUCCUCCCGCGCCGCCCGUCACAUCAACCAAAAGAAGCCGCUCGACCAAGAAAACAGAGGAAAUUUCUGGCCCGCCCACCACGACGCGCAUCACGUUGCGCUUGGAUGGCCACGAUACUGCUCGCGCGACAACUGUGCAGAAGUCGCGCACACGCCGAUCUCUCAUCUCUGCCGAGCAUCUGGCCGACUUGCACCCCGAUUCGCCUAUUGCCAGCACAGAGCAUUCAGAUGUGGAGCCGGAUAGCAAAGUGACACCCUCAGAGUCACCCGCGGAGCCGGCAGCAGCGCCCGCCAAGAAGGAGAAGGGCCGUCGGCGAUCGCGGACCUCUGGAUUGGCUUCGACCGGUGCUCAAGGCCCUUCUGCUCCAGCCAUAUCGACCAGCAAUGCUUUAGCGAUGCUCAAGCCACCUCCUGACGACGCCAAACCUGGAAGUGAGGAUAUGCCAUGGUUGCGUUUGACUGAGUGGGAAAUGACAAAACUGCGGAAGAAGAUGAAGAAGAAUGCCGUUUGGCAGCCCAGUGAGGUCAUGAUCCAUCGCGAGCUGGCCUUGCGCGGUCGCGGCUGGGAGGCUUACCGGGCAGCGAAAGCGCAGGCCGAGGCCACCGGUGCUGAAUUCUUGGACUGUGACGACAUAAUGAACACGUACGUUCCGGGCAAGCUGACCAAACGCAGCGAGGCUACCGGCGAUACCGAGGGCACAUUCGAGACCAAGCUUAGCAACCGUGGCAUGAAGCUGAACGAGGCCAAGAAGCUUAAACGGGAGAACCAGGCCCGAGAGCAGGCGGCUGCCGCAGCCGCAGCCGCCGCUGCAGCAGCACAAGAACAAACAGCCAAGGAUGGAGUGCAGCCAGCAGUGGCUCCCAGUAAUUUACCCACGGCCAGUGUUCCAGAAGUCCCAGCUGUGAGCAAGCCCACUCGUGCAGGGAAAAAGAGGAAACUCGAAGAGGUGACACCCCCAGAGGUUCCCCCCAUUCCUUCAGCUCCCCACCCCUCCGCAUCUUCUGCCCCAUCUGCUUCUGCUGCUCCCUCCACGUCUGAUGGUCCCUCCAAUGUUGAACCCUCCGCACCCGACGGUCCCUCUGCUUCUACACCCUCUGUUCCUCCUACUGCUACCUCCGCUACUUCCCCUGUUCCUACUGCCCCCGCUGUCUCCGCUGCUCCUACUGCGCCUGUGGAAAUUGAAACCCGUCCUUCGCUGCGAAGCGCGACUAAACGCCGCCGAACUAGCAAAGGAUCCCCCACACCCGUUGAUCCAAACAUCGCCAUCCCUGAAGAAGCACCUACAAUUGCAGCGCCAGCUCCUACAGCUGUAGAAACCUCCGAGUCGCAGAAGCCUUCCUUACCGCCGUCUCCAAUUGGACCCAAGCGCGCCAUCGCACAACCUACGAUCACAGCCGCAAAAGCGGCUACGCCAACCCCCCCGGUUACCCGACCCCCAUCUCGCCGCUCGGCUGCGUUAUCAUUAGAACCAACCACAAAUGCCAGCGCCGUUGCACCUUCUACCAAGCGCGAACUCCGUCAGAAAAGCGCCACACCUGCUCGGAAGACUCCUGUACCAGAAACAGCUCGAGCCGCCAGUGUGAGUGCUCCCAAUCGCAGGCGUAAACGCCCCGCACCCGGUCCUGUGUCUUCAGGUCAAGAUGGUGGUGCAGCGGUAAGCUACGGUCGCCGCAAAGCGAAGCCCGGCAAGAAGCGGAUUGGGACGCGUGAGGUUGGCCUAAAAGAUGGUACCUUGGCACGCGAGGACAUUCGAAUCGACGAGGAUGGAGUCCUCGAAGAGAUCGACCCGAACGAACCACGGUAUUGUCUGUGUGGAGACAGGUAUGUGCUCCAUAAUUCUACUUUGAUGGCGCCGCUAACAUAAGUAGUGUGACCGAGAAUGGUUUCAUCUUGACUGUGUCGGGCUGUCCGAGGUGCCAAGUCGCACGGCCAAAUGGUACUGUCCGGAUUGUCGGGUAAAGUUCAACAAGGGCGCAGAUGGAAUAGUGAAAAACAAUCCGCGGAGAUGAAGCUAUACCAUACUGACUGGACAAUUCUCGGAUUUUGAAUGGGUGGUGGAUAUUCAUGAGACCACGAUUAGGCGCUUGGGCAAAUUGUUGCAUAGGGCUUGAUUUUGCUCUCUACUUUGUUCUCUUGAUUGCAGCGUGGCGAAGAUUUUAUGGAGUAAAACCCCCUUUGUUGAUUGAUUAUAUUUAUCAUAAGAGCUAGCUCGGAACCUGGUGAUGGCGCUACACUGAGAGAAUAAUGCAGUUAAUAACUUAUCU